UGAAUGUAGAAGUUUCUUGAUCCACUAACGUAAGUUACCAACCCUCCCCCACAUGGGAAGGAAGUUUCGCGAGAAAAAAAGAGGUAACGUAGAAGAGCUUCUUCUUUCUUUCAAUUCCUUUUCUACCUCUCUCUUUCUCCGCUCAUUCUCAUUCCCAUUCCCUUCUCUUAUAUUUCCACAUUCUACGUGAACCUUCUAGAACCAUCACCACAAAAACCCGUCCUUCGCCAUUUUCAUUCCAUGGCUCCGCCGCUGGAACACAACAGCGACUCCACCAGCGCCGAGUCUCAGAGAUCCAUUCCCACGCCGUUUCUCACCAAAACCUACCAGCUCGUCGACGAUCACACCAUCGAUGAUGUCAUUUCCUGGAACGAUUCUGGAUCAUCCUUCAUCGUUUGGAACACCACCGUUUUUGCCAGGGAUUUGCUUCCUAAAUAUUUCAAGCACAACAACUUCUCCAGCUUCGUUCGCCAGCUCAACACCUAUAAAAGUUGUACCUGAUCGGUGGGAAUUCUCCAACGAGUGUUUCCGAAGAGGCCAGAAGCAACUUCUCUGCGAAAUUCAGCGGCGGAAGAUCCUCUCCUCGUCGCCGCCAGCUGGAGCAACUGCUAGCGUGGCGUUUCCGUCGCCACUGCCGCUUUCCGCAAUUCCGAUAUCGAAGCCGAUCGUGUCGCCGUCAAACUCAACGGAGGAGCAGGUGAUCUCGUCGAACUCUUCGCCGUCGAGAGUUCCGGCAGAGCUGUUGGACGAGAACGAGCGGCUGAGAAAGGAGAACAUUCUUUUGAUGAAGGAAUUGGAAGAGAUGAGAUCGCUCUGCAACAACAUACUCAAUCUCAUGUCGAAUUACGCAACCUCUAGAGCGGACGGUGGUGCCGAGGCGGUAAAGACGCUUGGUUUGAUGCCGUUGAAGCGGUGCUCUGCUGAGGACGCGGCGGAGGAGAUGAAUCCGAAGCUGUUUGGGGUGGCGAUUGGUACGAAGCGAGCAAGAGAGGAAGGACGUGGAGCGGAGUAUGAUACGGUUUUGAGUCUUCAUCCGUUCCACGCUGACGUGAAAUCUGAACCGUUAGAUUUCGAAAGACAUAGAGAAAACAGAAGUACUUCGUGGCUAAAUCACUGUCGUACAGCAAACGAGAGAAUGUGUAAUUGACACACGAUGUUGUAAGCUAGGUAACAUUUUAGGUUAAGUUAGGAGCGUCGUAGAGAAUCAGAGUCACUUAAGAACGGAGACGCACGUGUCAAAUGUACGUGGUUAACCGAUGGACUUUUCUCGCAGAAGUUUCUCAGAAGAAAUCGAUACUUUGUUGUCAAUUUCCAUCUCUUUCUUUUUAUUAUAUUCUUCGGACUUGGAGUGUGGAUUUGACUGCAAGGGAAAUAUACUAAUUAAUGAUAAUAGAUUAUCUUUAAUAUUUUGUUUUUAGCUAUAUAAAAGAUAUAUAAUGGUUUAUGCAA